AUGAAAAAAGCAGCACCGAAAAGAGAUGCAAAGGUAGCAGAUACAAUGAUUAAAAAUGGUGUUCCUAAUCAUUCAAAAUGUCUAUUUCUUGCUCUUAUUGCUCUUGCAGCAAAAGAAGAACAUUCCGAAGUAUUGAAAUCAAAUUUAAAAAUCGAAAACAAAGAAACACAUAAAAUAGCAGCAAAAUUAGUAUAUGAUUACUUAAAACGCAUUAACGCUAGAAUUACUUUACAAUUAGUUCAAACGGAUGGUGAUUUACAUUAUUUUUCAACAGCAAAUAAGCAAUCAAUUGAAUGUUUAGAGUUAUUACCUAAUAAGCCGCCUAUUCAAAAGUUAAUUCGUAUGAGAUAUGCUCAAGUUCGAAAGAUUGAAAGUGAUGAUGAGACUCAUGGAUGGUUUGAUAUCGAAUCUGAACUUAGCAAUACAAUUACAAUGGAGCCAAAUAGUGGUUCUACGUUUGAUAUAGACACUUUAGCUUAUCGUGAAAGAGAUAUCGAUGCAGAGCCAGUAUUUGCAAAUGAAUCUAGAAGAAUUCAUCCAGCUCAGAAUUUUACAAUUCCAGAAAGUGUUCAAGCAGCCAAUUACGCAAAAGAUAAGAAAUCAUUUAAAUCUAAAAUGUCUGCUCGCUCUAUUCGUGAUGCUUUAUCACAACCAGUACAAUUAGUUGGUGAUAAAAACCAAACGACUGUUUCAUAUGAAGAUAGUAGUAGUUCUGGACGAAUUGUUCCAUCUGUAGGUUCAGGCCGAAGAGGAAGGCGAUCCGAAAAUAAUAAAUAA